AUGCGCGGCAUGCCAAUUCAUGCGGCGAAAGUGCGUCUCUACUUCCCUCAGGAGGAGUCGACGAGGUUCUUUAACGUGCACCGGGUCUUCGGGGCCAGCAACGUGGCCAAGAUCUUGACCGACCUCCCGCCGGCCAGCUGCCGGGACUCCGGGACCCCCCUCUGCUUCGAGGUUGAGGUGCAGCUCCAGGACCCCAUCCACCGGUGCCUACGGCGUCCAGUACCAGCUCCAGGACCCCGUCUACGGCGUCCAGCACCGGCUACAGCAAACGCAGCAGGACAUCGCCAUGGUCAAGGCAGAGAUCCAAGCUCUCGAUCUUCACCUUGACCAUGGCGAUGACCUGCUGCACUUACUGUAGCCGAUGUUGUAGCCGAUGGCGAACCCCCGUACCAUCACCCGCUGCAGAUCACGGAGCAGCAGGAUGUGCUCCAAGGCGGCGACCAACAUCAACACAAACAUCAAAAUCACUGUCCCAGUCCCCACCAGCAACUCGACACAAAGAGGUACAAUGGGGGAAUAAGGGACUCUGGAGGGGCCGUCUACGGAGCUAGCUCUGGCUCCGUAGAAAUUCCACGACCCGUACAUCAUCAUCCUUACAAUCAAGAGGAGCAGCAGAAAUAA